CAGCUAGCCGGAAACCGGUGAUGUUUAAAUGUUUAAAAGAUGUUUAGCUCAGUUUCAUAGUUUCGUCGAGUUGAACUUUACACGUGCGUGACGCGUCACUGUUGCGCGCUCGUGUUAUUUCCGUGUUGUUAUCGCGGCGGUCAGUCUGUGCUAGCUGAGCUAGCUAGCUAGCCUGGUUUGUUUACAUGUGUUGGCAGCUGGAGGCUCAGGUGGAUUCUGCUGGUCUCAGAUGUUUUUAUAGAAGGACGGAGGGGAAGUAGGAGGAGGGAUGACUGACCUCAGACCAGCCGAGCUGCUCUCGGGCCUCUGUCACACAGACAGGGAGAACCCCUUCCCCCUGUGGACGGACGGACACGUCAGCUCCUGCUUCAACCAGCUGGUCCUCGGAGCCCUGCCUCAUGCUGCGAUGGCCGUGUUCAGCGCCUGCUACCUGGGCCUGGUCCGAUGCAGCCCCCCCCUGCAGACGCCUCCUCCCUGUGGCUGGACCCUCCGGCUGGUCUCAGGUCUGCUGGCCGCUCUGCUCUUCACUGCAGACGUGGUCCUGGUGAGCAUCCUGCAGCAGGGGGACAUGUACCUGGACCUUCUGACUGACAGCUGUGCCAUCCUGGCCUGGCUGGUCCACGUCAGUGCCAUGGCAGCGCUCCAGAGAACCGUGUUCAGGAGAACCAGAGGACCCCUGCUGCUGCUGCUGCUGGUUCUCCUGUCCAUCCCCCACCUGGUCUUCACCCUGGUGAUUUACUGUGAGAGUGAGGGAUACUUGAACCUCACAGAACCUCUCAAACUGGCCCGAUUGGUCCUCGCCGCAGCCCGGACUCUCCCCCUCCUCAUGUACCUGCUGGCGUUUGCCUUCCCCUGCAUCAGUGACGCCGGCUACACCUUGUACACCAACGCUGUGGACGGGUCCCCGCUCCUCCCAGAGAGCCCCCCCACAGACACCGGGGGGAUGGUGGCGGAGGACGGGAGCGGCUGCACCUCUCGACUCUUCUACCUGUGGUUGACUCCGCUCCUCAGGCGAGGGCAGCGAGGAGAGCUGGACAAACCGGCCGAUGUUUAUCAUCUCCCUCGGAAACUUCGGACCAGUGUGGUUUGUCGAUACUUCCAUCAGUGCUGGGAGGCCUGCAGACGAGGGGGGGGGGCCGGGGGCGGGGGCGGGGCCGGGGCCGGUCGGGAUCAGUGGCCCCGGCCGGUGAGCAGGAACCUCCUGAACGGCACCUGGAGCUCCCACUACCUGGAGGAGCCACUGGAGCUGGAGGGGGAUGUGGGUCUGCUGAGGGUCCUGCACAAGGCCUUUGGGGGGAGGUACUACCUGCUGGGGGGGCUGAAGGUGCUGGUCAACAUGCUGGGCUUCACUGGUCCCCUGCUCCUCAGCAGUCUGGUGACCUUCAUGGAGGAGGACGAUGCCCCGGUGAGCAGAGGAGCCCUGUGUGCACUCGGGCUCUUUGCCACCACGCUGCUGUCGUCCAUCCUCCGGAACAUCUUCUCCUUCGAGGUUUCCAAGGUGGCGCUGUCGGCCCGCGCCGCUCUGGUGUCGGCCAUCUACGGCAAAGCCCUGCGGGUCAGCGGCAGCAGCUUGGCCCGGAUCAGCUUGGGAGAGGUGGUGAACCUGAUGAGCACGGACACCGACCGGGUGGUGAACUUCUUCAACAGCUUCCACGAGCUGUGGAGUCUUCCCUUCAGCUUCAGCAUCGCCCUCUACCUGCUCUAUCUGCAGGUGGGCGUGGCCUUCCUGGGCGGGCUGGGCGUGGCGCUGCUGCUGCUGCCGCUCAACAAGUUCAUCGCUUCACGAAUCAUCAGCAACAACAAGCAGAUGCUCCGGUUCAAGGACAGCCGCGUCAAACUCAUGACAGAAAUCCUCUUCGGCAUCCGGGUCAUUAAGUUCUACACCUGGGAGCCUCACUUCAUCCAGAAGGUGGCCGACUGUCGGAAACGGGAGCUGUCCCACCUCAAGGUCAUCAAGUACCUGGACGCCAUGUGCGUGUACACGUGGGCCGCGCUGCCCGUGGUCAUCUCCAUCCUCACCUUCGUGACCUACGUGAUGCUGGGACAUCAGCUGACUGCAGCCAAGGUGUUCACCACGCUGGCUCUGGUGGGAAUGUUGAUCAUCCCACUCAACGCCUUCCCCUGGGUCCUCAGCAGCGUCCUGGAGUCCAAGGUUUCUCUGGAGCGAAUCCAGCGCUUCUUCAAACUGACCAACCAGGACCUGCAGGCGUACUAUGCUCUGGUCUCUCCGGAGGACGACCAGACGUCAGUUCUGUUGAGCCAGGGGACAUUUUCCUGGCAGGGGCCUGGUGAUCCAGACCCGAGCAGAGAGGGAAUCAAACCUGAGGCCGCUAAAGGGAGUUUGAUGCUGCACAGCCUCAAUCUACACAUCACUAAGGGCUCUCUGGUGGUCGUGGUGGGCAAAGUGGGCUGUGGAAAGAGUUCCUUACUGGCUGCGCUCACUGGAGAACUCAACAGGGUGAGCGGCGUGGUUUACGUGGCGGACCGAGGCGCCGGCUUCGGUCUGGCGUCUCAGGAGGCGUGGCUCCAGCACGCAUCAGUACGAGACAACAUCCUGUUCGGCAAAGACUACGACCCCGCCUUCUACCAGGCCGUGAUCGAGGCCUGUGCUCUCACUGAUGACCUCAACGUUUUGCCGAACGGUGACCGGACAGAAGUGGGGGAGAACGGCGUGACGCUGAGCGGAGGACAGAAGGCUCGGCUGGCGCUCGCCAGAGCUGUGUACAUGGACAAAGACAUCUACCUCCUGGAUGAUCCGCUGGCGGCCGUGGACGCGGACGUGGCCGAACACCUCAUGCAGAAAUGCAUCAUGGAGCUUCUCCGGGGAAAGACCAGAAUCCUUUGCACCCACCGUAUAGAGUUUGUGGACAAAGCUGACACGGUGGUCCUCAUGGAGAAUGGAACAAUAAUCAAAACAGGUUCUCCAGCUGAAAUCCUCCCUCUGGUCGAGGCUGUGCCGAAGAACCGGAAGAACGAGCAGAACGCGAGAGAGAGAGGUGCAGCGAAGCAGGAGGAGGAGGAGGAGGAGCCGGGUUCGCCGCCCGAUCUGUUGGUGGCUGAUGAUCCCGACCAGAUGGGGGCGGAGCAGAAGCAGGCGGGGGGGCUGGCGUGGACAGUUUACCAGACCUACUGGGCAGCUGUGGGCCGAGUCCUGGCCUCCUCCGUCCUGAUGUCGCUGCUCCUCAUGCAAGCCUCUAAGAACGUCUCUGAUUGGUGGCUCUCUCACUGGAUCUCCGAGCUGAGGAACAAUGGUUCCACGAGGCCCAAUGGUUCCACUCCAGUUUCCUUCAUCUCAUCUCAGCUGCUGCUCUUCUCACCCGGACACCUCAUGUGUCCGCUGCCGGCUGGUCAAACCUUCUCGUCCAGCAACCUGAGCUCUGACGUCCGGUUCUAUCUCACCGUCUACGCCUCAGUCGCCGCGGCCACCACCGUCUUCACCGCCCUCCGAUCCGUCCUCUUCGCCUACGGAGGCAUCUGCGCCGCCACCGCCGUCCACAACCGACUCCUGGACCGGGUCCUGAAGGCCACGGUGACCUUCUUCGACACCACCCCUCUGGGACGGGUACUGAACCGGUUCUCCUCGGACCUGUACAGUGUGGACGACAGCCUGCCCUUCAUCCUGAACAUCCUCCUGGCCAACCUGUUCGGCCUGCUGGGCAUGCUGGUGGUGAUGAGCUACGGCCUCCCCUGGGUCCUGGUGCCCCUGCUGCCCCUGGCUCUGCUCUACCACCGCACGCAGCUCUUCUACCGACACACGUCCCGGGAGCUGAGGCGCCUGUACAGCCUCACCCUGUCGCCCGUCUACUCCCACUUCUCUGAGACGCUGAGCGGGCUGGGAACCAUCCGGGCCAGCGGCAGCUCCUCCAGGUUCGAGGAGGAAAGUGCUAAACGUCUGGAGCAGAACCAGCGCUGCCUCUUCCUGAGCAGCGCCGCCAUGCAGUGGCUGGACAUCCGCCUGCAGCUGAUCGGAGUGGCGGUGGUCACGGGCCUCGGGGUGAUCGCUGUGGUCCAGCACCAGUUCCACUCCGUUGAUCCAGGUCUGGUGGGUCUGUCCCUGUCCUACGCUCUGUCCAUCACGUCCCUGCUGUCCGGCCUCAUCUUCAGCUUCACGCAGACGGAGAUGCAGCUGGUGAGCGUGGAGCGGACGGAGGAGUACUCCACCGGCCUGCCCACCGAGCCACAGCACCAGGACGCACAGCUGUCCCCUGCCUGGCCCGAGCAGGGCGGGCUGGAGUACCGUGGAGCGGUGCUGUCCUACAGAACCGGGCUCCCCAACGCCCUGGACGGGCUGAGCCUGGUGGUGCGGCCCGGGGAGAAGGUGGGCAUCGUGGGACGCACGGGCUCCGGCAAGUCCACGCUGUUCCUGGCCCUGUUCCGUAUGGUGGAGCUGGACCGGGGUCAGAUCCUCCUGGACGGGCUGGACAUCAGCACGCUGGGCCUGGGUCAGCUCAGGUCCAGGUUGGCCAUCAUCCCUCAGGACCCCUUCCUGUUCAGCGGGACCAUCAGGGAGAAUCUGGACCCGUGUGGGCGCCACUCAGACCAGCAGCUACUGGACGUCCUGGACCAGUGUCACCUCAGCCCUGUGGUGGAGCGGAUGGGUGGUCUGGAUGCUGAGGUUGGAGAGAGAGGAAAGAGUUUCUCCGUGGGGCAGAGGCAGCUCCUGUGUCUGUGCAGAGCUCUGCUGACUCAGGCCAAGCUGCUGUGCAUCGAUGAAGCCACAGCCAGCGUGGACCAGAGGACGGACACGCUGCUGCAGCAAACCAUCCGGGACAAGUUCCAGGACAAAACCGUCCUCACCAUCGCCCACAGGAUCAACACCAUCCUGGACUGUGACCGGGUUCUGGUGAUGCAUGCUGGGAAGGCGGUGGAGUUCGACACGCCGGCCGCUCUCUGCCAAAGGGACGACUCCAUCUUUCAGCGGCUGGUCGCUGGGAGAUGAGGCCGAGACGAAGGAGGAAGUCUCUCUGAUGUCCUCCAACUUUUCUAUCACAGACUUUAAACACUUUUAUUUUUUUAUCCUGGAACGGAGGGUACUUCUUUUUUACGGACAUUUAUUUCUUUUUUAAAUGGAUUAUUUAAUUUAAUAUUAAAUCUGUGUUUUGUUGUUCAGUAAACAUCGACUUGAUUCUCUCCAGUUGCAAAGUUGUAUCACACGCCUCGAGGCCGACCUGGACUUUAUCAGGGAUUGUACAAAUUCUGAUAUUAUACAUUGGCUGAUAUGUAUAUCGUUAAAUGGGUCGGGCUCUAUAUCUCCAACACAUCAUUUAUUUAAACCUAUAAAAACUGACACGUCUGUAACUUUGAUCUUCUUUUUAAACAUGUUUUUUGUUGACUCGGAUGUUGUUGCUCUGCAGCUGAGUUGUUGUGUUCACUUCUGAAUGUUUUGGAAUAACUUGAACUAUAAGAAGCAGAUUUCCUGUUGGGCUGGGGGGGGGGUGGGGGGAUGUUGCUUCCUGUCUUGUUACAUUAUAAAGUCUCUGGACUUGCUGCUGCUGUGUAACAGAGAGUUAUUGGGCAGAAGAUGCAGGAGAAGCCGCUGCAGGUUUAGUGGCCUGAAGGAGUCGGACACUAAUUUAAAUGAUACGUCAGUAAUAUCACGGUUAAAGGUCUCUGUGCAAUAAGCAUGUUGCAGUUAUCUGACUGCAGAUCAGUUGCCUCAGCUCUGCUCUACAAGCAACUGAAAUAAUAACAGACUCUAUAAUCAGGGGUUCCUCAGGGAAGCUGUCUCGGUGACUGUUGUGUUUUAUCUCCAGAGAUAUCUGACCUGAUAUCUGGAGCUACGCUGACGAUGCACUGCUCUACAAUUAUGUGGAAACAAAUGAGGCAAAGAAGCUAAUCUGUCUCUUUAUGUCAAUCAAUUGGUAAUUUUGAAAAAAGUUAAUUUACUUUCAUUAACUUUUUCCAUAAAAAGCAAAGGAAGCAACGGUUUGUGGCUCUGUAGCUGAAAACAAUGGUCAUGAAAACUUGUAUAACUUUAUUUUAAGUUAUAAAUCUGAUAUAAACAAUUUCCCUGUUUCAUUGAAUUCAAUUCACUGCUUAACUCUGAAAGUUUGACCAAAAGACGACAGAAAACGUAUUUCUUGUUUUUUAAUUUUGCCUGUUUUAUUCACAUGUUCACAUUUUCCUUGUUUAGAAUUUUUUUAAUAAAAAGCACAUUCACGGCACUUGAUGUUCCUGUAAGAUUAUUAUUUUAAUUAUAUAAGAUCAUAAGCUCAGAGAUUUCUUGGUUAAUUCAUCAGUUAUUUCAUUUCUGUUCCCUCAUCACAACUAAACUACAACUUUUUUGAGAGCAGAUGUUUUUUAUAAUGAAGAAACUCGAGUUGUGUUUUCAUAGGAACAUAAAUCCGUCUCGAUCGACUUUGUGUUCGUCUCUUUUUCAAACGAUGAGAAAUGAUUUUUACAAACUCGUCAACAGAAACUUGCUAAAUUGAUUCAACUGGUUUGAACCUCGAAUGUUUUUUAACAUACAAUUAUUUUCAUUAUGUAUUAAUCUGUUGAUGGUCUGUAAAGUGUCUAAACUGAAGAUUUGAAGAACACGGAACUUCACAUGUUUAGAAAUGAUUGCGUGAAAAAAAAGUCAACACAAUUCACAGAUGCUGAAAUCAACUCUCUCUAAUGUAAACGUUGAAUUAAA